GUUCGGCGCGGGGAAAGAUGAGCAGAUCCGGGACCGAAUCGUUAUUGGAAUAAUGUAUAAGGAGGUUUCUCAAAAACUUCAACUGGAAGCGGAUCUGACUCUGGAGAGAGCUAUCCAGCUUCCACGUCAGUGAACAAGUGAAACAGCAAAGUGCAGAGCGCGUGGAAACUACAGUGAAUGAGGUGAGACGGAAACAGUUUAGCAGCACAAAGAGGAGCUAUGAGAAACCACGGCAGAAACAAGCACAGAAAUACAGCGAGAAUAGACUGAACUGUCACAGAUGUGAUAGGAUGCACGACAGAAAGGAAAACUGUCCUGCCCGAAAUAAAAGAUGCAGAAAGUGUAACAAAAUGGGACAUUUUGAGGCUGUGUGUAAAACUAAAAUGCUAAAACAAGUCAGAGCUGAAGCUGCUACAGAUUCAGAUGAGGAUUCAUUUUUUAUUGGUGAACUGUUCCUAAGAGCAACAGCAAAGUCAACUGUCAUCGAAGAGUCAGAUUCAGAUAUCGACUGGGACAUCGAGCUGCUGAUGAAUGGUAGCCCAGUGAAUUUUAAAAUUGACACUGGUGCUGAUACCACAGUCAUGACAGAUGCAACUUUCAACAGUCUACAGCAAAAACCAAAACUGCACAAGUCCAGAUCAACUGUGUACAGUCCAGGGGGAAAGGUCAGAUGUGUGGGUUCGUUCCUCGCUACCACCACACACAAUGGUCAGACAUACCAGUACUGGAUUACAGUUAUCAAAGGACAGUUUGUCAGUAACCUAUUAGGCAGAGCAGUGGCAAAGCAAAUGAAACUGGUCAAACGAGUCAAUGCCAUCAGUGGUGACUAUUUGUUAUCCGGUCAUGUGUUCGGGGAAAUAGGUCUACUGAACUGUGUGCCGGUUAAAAUUGAGCUGAUGGAAGAGGCAAUUCCAUACAGCGUCAAUACACCACGCCGAGUCCCUUUUUCCCUCCUUCCAAAGGUGGAGAAAGAACUAAAGCGGAUGCUGAAUCUUGGGAUCAUUGAGGAGGUCACCGAACCAACAUGGUUGGUGCCUGCUCCAAAACGCAACAAGGAUGAAGUCAGGGUGUGUGUGGAUCUAAAACGAUUAAACAAACUUGUACCAUUGAUCAACUCUUAUGAUCUUGACAAAUCGCCACUAAGAUGCCAGAGACUACUUAUGCGUCUUAUGAGGUUCAAUGUCACUGCUGAACAUGUCCCGGGUAAACAGCUUGUUGUCGCUGACACACUCUCCAGACAUCCGUUGAAAGACAGUUAUGUUCUGGACACUGAAACACAAGUAAAGGCAUAUGUUAACGCUAUGGUGGCUAGCAAACCAAUCAGGUCACCAAAGCUGGAGGAAAUCCGCCAGGCUACACAAAAGGAUGCUGAGCUUCAAAAAGUGGUCAUGUUUAUCAGAAAAGGGUGGCCCCGCAAUAUGGCAGGGAGCUCACCAACGCAUGGAUACUAUGCAGUCAGAGGUCACCUAUCGGAGUUGGAUGGGCUGGUUCUUUGAUUUUUGUAGAGAGCACAAACCUACACAGAGACAUGAACCACUGAUGACAACAUCCCUGCCUAGUGGUCCAUGGCAGAGAAUUGCAGUUGACCUGUUUGUGCUCGAGGGUAAGACAUAUCUUGUUGCUGUUGAUUAUUUUUCAAGAGACAUUGAAAUUGCUUCCCUCACUACCGCUUCCAGCACUCAAGUUAUCAACAAGCUCAAGCACAUGUUUGUGAGAUGGGGCAUCCCGUUGGUACUUGUCAGUGACAAUGGGACACAGUUUACCUCAUCAGAGUUCCAAGAGUUCAAGGAGAAAUAUGGGUUCACUCACAUAACCUCAAGCCCCCAUUACCCACAAUCUAAUGGAGCUGCAGAAAGGGCCGUUCAGACUGCUAAGUAUAUCCUUAAACAGCCUGACCCCUGCUUAGCCCUCAUGAGUUACCGCUCCACACCAGUUGCAGCAACAGGUUGCAGUCCAGCGCAACUGGACGACAGAUCCGCACCACUGUUCCUGUCCUGGAAAAAACAUUGAUGCCAAGCGCAUCGACUCAGACCUAGUCUACAUGAAGGAUGCCAAGGCCAAAGAUUCUUACAGAUUCUUCUACAACCGCAGACACUCAGCUCGCCCUCUUUCUGACCUUCUCCCGGGUCAACACGUGAGAGUGAAACUGGAUGGGGAAAAAGGGUGGACAUCGCCUGCCAAAGUUAUCAGUAAGUCCAAGGAGCCGAGAUCCUACCUCGUAGAAAUGGCCAAUGGGAGUGUGACUCGUCGCAACAGACGCCACCUUCAGGAAGUUCCUGGGACUGAUAUUCCUGCAGCACAACAUGCAGCUGAGUCUGCAGUACCACCGCAGGACUGCAGAUCCCCAGCGACAGAAGUGGCCAUUCCACCUGAACCACCAUCAAAUCAGCCAGUAGCAAGCCCUCCUUCAGGGUCCUCUUCCCCACCAAGUACUCCUGUGAGAAGAACUUCCAGGGGACGUGAAAUAAAGCUGCCUCUGAGAUUCAGAGACUGAUAAGGUUCAAAAGGGCAUAAUAAUCCCUAGCAGGGCUGAGGGCAGUCUACCCCUGUGAUGUCCUGUAUUGUUCUGCAUGAGAUUUGUUAAGGUUUGUCGUUAAAAAAAAAAAAAAAAAAAGGAAAGGAAAUGUGGUAAAGUUGUUCUGAAAACAUCUAAGUUAUGUUGGGAAAAAGUCUUUGUUGAAAGAGACAUUGACAGCUAAAGAUUAAGCUAACCUGAGUAAUUAAUUGUAUUAGAGAAUGUACCAUUUAAGUAUCAUUUAAAACAUUAAGCUAACUUGCAGAUGUUUAGGAUCUUCCAAUGUUUAACUUUAAAAGAAGGGAGAUGUUGUGAGACUAUUGUUUAUCUAUAGUAACAGCAGCUUGGGUUCCUGCCCACUGGGGGCGCUCUAAAGAACUAUACAGUGAUAAACGAGUUCGAAUAAGAGUAUGUUCAUGUUGUUAGUGGAAUGCUCGUGCUAAUAAAGCAAGCCCGACUUUUCAACUGUUGAUGGCUACUCUCGUCUUCCCUCAUUUCAUGACAGGAGCAGAGAACGAUGUCCUCCGAGAAACAAAGACAGAUUCAGUCCCUGCAAGACAAGAGUUUCAGAAACAAUUGAACGAGAUCAAACAUUCAUACAAUGAAUUCAGACGCAACUUUGAAAGCUGGACUGAAGGAAGCAUGGAAAGACCUGGCAGGAGGGCUGGAGUCCAGAAGGGAAGAUCACAGAGUUCUUACCGGCUGGAUGCCCAGGUGACCCCGAGCCAAUGAGGAGUCCAGGUGAUGCAGGUUGACCCCAGAGUUGAUGAAGGUCAGAUGGACAUGAAGAGCAGCCAGAAACUCCUGAACACUCAGAUGGAUGAAGCAGAACACCUUGUCCUGCCCAGUCCAGAGUGAACUUCUGUGUUAGGACUGUUUUCCCAAUGCCAGCCACACCCAUGGUCAUCACUGUCCUGAUUGGUUGAUCUCUUCCAGUCCCUCCCUCUGUGAUGAAGAGCUCUGUGUAGAUCUGGUUCAGAAGGGUUGGACUUCCUGCUUUAGUGAUUCCCUCAAACACAGACUGGAACUUCUUCUUCAGAGCUGCUUUAUGUUUGGGCUCACAAACAGCAACACCAUGUUCUGAAUAAUCAUAAAAACAUAAUUAGGAUAAUUCCCAUCUGUAUUUCUUUAACAGAGAUCAUCUAAAUACCUUUCAAAGGUAUUUGUAGCUCUUGAACCAUUUAUAAGUUGUCACUUUACAACUGCAAAAUUUUUAUUGGGAUUGUAUAAACACAAUACUGUAGUUCAUAAUGCCCCAACGCAUUGUGAGUAGGGCACCAAGAGGCCGAGGGGAACAAGGCACCAAUCAGGCUCAAGCACUAUAUUAAAUCAGAAUGACAACAUAUUUAACUAAAAUGUGUGAAGCAUGGUAAGAGAUAAGAAAUACAUAAAUUUGCUCCAGAAAAAGAUGAAUCUCCUUCAGUUUCCCCCAUGGUGCCCAUCCCUCACCCUCAAGUUUGAACACAGCCUCAAGAAAAAGACAAAAAGAAGAAGCAACGCAAUGAAGAAACGUGAAAUCUUCCUCCUUCUUCUUUAAAGUGAGUUAUGGAUUUGUCACGACUGAGGGAGAGAAGCAGGACAGCGGAUCUAACUUAUAUUCCUGUUGAUGGAAAAAAAAACAUUUUACAUGUC